AUGGACUCUUCUCCCCACCUCUCCUCCCUCCCCCCUGAACUCCUUGUCCACAUCUCCUGCUUCCUCCAGCCCGCCGACCUAAACACCCUCACCCGCACAAACAGCUCCUUCCACGCCCUCCUCAACCACACCCUCUACCGCCAAAAUGCCGUCGCUAACAACAGUACCGCGCUCUUCUGGGCCGCAACCCACAACAACCCCCGCACAGCCCUCGCCAGUCUAGCCGCCCAUGCCGACAUCCACCACCGCAUCGACGCCGACGCAACCCUAAAAGGCUGCACCCCGCUCCUCCUCGCCGCCUACCACAACCACCCCGCCAUCCUCUCCCUGCUCCUCUCCCCGACCGACGCAAACCCCAAUGCCCGCGACAGAGUCUACCUGCGCUCCCCGCUCGCCUGGGCCGUGAAAGCCAACCACGAGCGCAUCGUCCGCAUCCUCCUCCGCGACGACCGCACAGACGUCAACCUGCCCGACCGCAACGGCGACACCCCGCUCAUGACCGCCGCCAUCACCAAGAACUGGGACCUGAUGUCCGCACUGCUGCUGAGCGGGCGCGCGAACCCGCGGCUGGCGAAUAAGCGGGGCGCGACGGCGCUUGCGUGUGCAGCGCGGGACGGCGACGGCGACGAGCAUGUGGAGCUGUUGCUUGCGGCGCACCUCCGGCUGAUCCUGGACGGGGACGACGGGGCGGAGCACUGCCAGGCGGUGUUCUUCAAUGCGGCGAUCACGGGGCGGACGGAGAUCGUGGGGUAUCUGGUUCGGUAUUUUGGGGAGCGGCUGGAUCCGAAUGGGGGGCGCGGGGGGACGGAUCCGAAUAUUCGGGAUAAUUGGCAGCAUCAGACACCGCUGUUUGUGGCGGCGGCGAGGGGCCGCGGGGAGGUGCUGAGUGUGUUGCUGGAGAGUGAGCGGGUGGAUUUGGAGCUAGCGGAUGUGCAUGGGACGACGCCGUUGGCGGAGGCGGUUAGUCAAUGUCGUGUGGAGGCUGUGAGGAAGCUUGUAAGUGGACGCAGGAAGGCGAAUCCGAAUGUUACAGAUGAUAAUGGGGAUACGCCGCUGCUUCGGGCUACGUUGUUGGGGCAGCUGGAGCUCGUGGAUGCGCUGCUUCAGGCGGAUGGCAUUGAUCCGCGUCUACGGGGUGGAGAUGGGAGAACGGCGAUGGACGUUGCGGUUGAUUCUGGAUACCCAUGCAUAGCGGCGCGAUUGAAGGAGUUCUUAGCUCAUUCUUCUUGA